AUGAGUGCAGAAGCAAUCAGUCGAAAAUCUUCGUUUGUUAACAGUCGACUACUUUCAAAAUCUCGACAACACUCAGAAAACAAAUUGAACGGAAGCGACGAUUUUUCAGAAGGAAGAAGCAAUGAUAGUUCAACUAAAGAAAUAAAUAUGUUGGAUGAUGGAGCUUCUUGCUCUGAGAUGUAUCCGGACGAUGGAGGAACCCGACGAGCUCGUUCAUUGGCUUCCAGUCGAAUCAGUCUAUUCUUCGGAAAAGAAAAGAAUGAUCUUAUAAAUCGUUUGACGACUAUGAAGGAAAACACCAACAUUUCCCUACCAUUCUUGGAAUUAGAAGAACAUUGGAAGAUAAUAGUUCAAAACAAUCAAGAUUUAUCAAGAAGAUGUAUGGAACAGCAAGAAGCUAUAUGGGAAUUAGUUACAACAGAAUGUAGAUAUAUUCAGGUUUUAAAAAAUAUGGCCGAUUUAAAAGAAUAUUUAAAAGAAUUGCAAAGAAACGGGUUCCUGAAAGAUAUUGCCGUAGAAAAAGUAUUUCUUAAUUAUGACGAAUUAUUUGAUAAACACAAGAGAUUUUGGGAGAAAAACAUUCUCCCCAUGUUAGAACAGUCACGUACGAAAGGAUGUCCGUUGAGCAUUACGUAUUUGAAGCCUAUGUUUUCAACCAUAAUCUCUUGGGCUCAUUACUACACAGCUUUCACCUCUUCACACAACGAUUCUCUUCUUUAUUUACAAAAGAAACAGAAAGAUACUCAUCUUUUUGCAGAAUUUGUUUCGUGGGCUGAAUCUCAAGAUAGUAUGAGAAGACAGAAACUAAGUGACACGUUGACCAUGCCAAUGCAGAGAUUAACCAGAUACAGUCUAUUAUUAAAGGCUGUUCUGCGAUCUUCUACUGAAACUCAGGAAAAAGAACUUGUUCAAUCUUUGAUUGACCAAGUCGAAGAAGCUACUCAUAUGUUAAAUCUUGAAAUGAAUAACAACGAUCUUCGUCAUCAGUUAGAAGAAAUUCGAUCGCAAAUUGACAGUUAUGACUGUGUAGACCAAGAUGAAUUUGAAAAGAUCUUUUACGGACAACGAUGCUGUCUUGAUUUGGUUCAUCCAAUGCCAUAUUUUCCUCCGAACGUACAGGUUUACCGCCGUCUGUUUCAUCGUGGCGAGUUGAAAAUCCGAGAAGGAAAGCAAGGACCUAAGAUGGAAAUGUAUUGUUUAGUCUUUACCGAUAUGUUCCUGAUCUGCCGCAAAAAGGCAGAUCGGUUACGGAUUGCGAGGCCACCAAUGCAUUUGACAAGUUUGAUAUGUCAUCCAUUCCCUGAUGGAACGGGAUUCUAUCUUUUGCACAUGAAUGUUUUUCAUACAUGCUCUCAACUCUACAUGAUGCACACUGGAGGUGUCGAAGAAACGAGAAAGUGGACGGAACUGUUGGGUAUGGCGCGAGACGAGUUUCGACAUUUACAUCGAGCUUAUACUCUUCCUCAUGAUUCCCCUAUAGACGACUCAACAAGAGGACCAUUCUCUGGAGUAGCACAAAAUUUGGCGAAUAUGUCAAUUGUACAUCGAAAGAGCAGUAGUAUGGAUUCGCAAACAGUUGCCAUUGCUCACGCCCACGCUCAUAUGAAUCAUAUGCAUAGGAUGGGCACUGUAUCUUCUACAGAACAGUUGAACCGCUACAAUGAUCGAUUAGAUUCUCCACAGCGGCUUCCACCGUUGCAUAAACUGAGCGUUGCGAGCUGUGUAGCUAAUCCAUUAAGUACUAGUCGAAGCUCUGUUGACCUCCAUAUGGCUUUGGGUGCUGAAGCACAAACUGUUACUUUCACGGAAGAUAGGCCUCGUUCGCGAUCCAAUUCUUCUGGCCCAGAUAUUGAAGGAGCAAAAAGUGUUUCCCGGAGCCCUUCACCAUCAAGACGAACAGACUCACGGGAAGUUAACACACCUGUUAAUGGAAUAGAAGAAAAUCAUAGCUCUCCGACACUUCUUGUGACGUCAGAUGAAGAUCCUCCUCCUCAAGGGCGUAGAUUCGAAAAACGUUAUCACACAGCAGAUGCUAUUGAUAUGAAACCAAAAGGUGCAGCAGUCGUUCAAGGUGGUAUCCUUAAGCGAUUUUCAUGGAAUCAUGUCAGCUCGGCUAUGGGAGCUAGCAGUAGGAGAAUAACCGCAAAACUUGGAGAGAUUCAGCAUAAUCGACGUCAUUCUCAAGCUUCCCAAACGUCAAUUCAUUCUGUUGCCGCUUCAUCUGAAUCUUUCGGAAGUUCAACAUCUGGAAUAUCAUCAUCAUCUGAUGGCUGCCCAUUAGAUAUGAAUAGAACACAUAUUUCAACCAUAGCUGUCAACGAAAGUCCAAGCGAAUCAACCAUCAAUAUCAGCCUUGAUUUAACAGAAGAAUCGGAUCAGCCUGUUUGCUUGGAAACUCGUUCACCACCAGCUCCUCCGCUACCAGAUGUUCCGCCACCUCCGCCGCCACCUAUGCCGAUAAUAUCUCAAGCUACACCUACAUCAAGCUGCAAACAGCAAGAACUACUCAAGUUUAUACUUGAAAACCAAUUGGAGACAUCGUCAGUUAACUAA